AGAUACCCUUGUUUUUUCAUUCCUAUGUAAGUGCCGCUUCACUCGUUUUUUUAACGAAAUUCCAUCCAGUUUUAGUCCGGCCCUCCUCUGCCUCCCCUUAAGGGCAGCCAAUUUUAAGUGCAAUACCGGCUUCUUUUCAGAUAAUUUAAUUGAAUAUUAAGAAUUUUGUGAUGGCUACUUUGGGGAAUUCAACCAAUAUAUUUUGGCAUGAAUGUCCGGUUGGCAAGCUUGAAAGGCAGAGGUUACUAAAGCAAAAGGGAUGUGUUGUAUGGAUCACAGGUCUCAGUGGAUCAGGGAAAAGCACACUAGCUUGUUCAUUAAAUAGAGAACUAUAUACAAGGGGAAAGCUGUCUUAUGUGCUUGAUGGAGACAACCUUCGGCAUGGAUUAAACAAGGAUCUUGGUUUCAAGGCAGAAGAUCGAACUGAAAAUAUACGCAGGGUUGGGGAAGUAGCAAAACUCUUUGCCGAUGCUGGUUUAAUCUGCAUUGCCAGUCUAAUAUCUCCAUAUAGAAAAGACCGUGAUGCUUGUCGUGCAAUGUUGGCUGAUGAAAAUUUUAUUGAGGUUUUCAUGAACAUGCCUCUAGAAUUGUGUGAGGCAAGGGAUUCAAAAGGUCUUUACAAGCUUGCACGUGCUGGAAAGAUUAAAGGUUUUACUGGCAUUGAUGAUCCUUAUGAACCGCCACUGAAUUGUGAGAUAGAGAUCCAACAGAAAGACGGAGUUUGCCCAACACCAGGUGAUAUGGCAGGAGAAGUAGUUUCUUACCUGGAGGGGAAGGGAUAUCUUCAUUAUCAGUGAUUAAUCUUCCCUGAAUUUAGUUCCCUUUAGCGUCUUAUCAUGAUCAAGCAGUCUAAAUUGGAGAUGAUAUAUUCUCCCCAUUGCUGGUAACAGCAGCUGCCCAAUAUUUAGGAUGGGGUUGGUUGGUUCUAACUAAUGUCUUUUACUGUUUACUUUGGUUCUUCUGAAUAAUCCACAGGGUUUAGGGGUAGUAUUCAUAUCUUUCAAACAAGUCUCAGCUCAUUAUAUCAAUUUUUUCCCCUUUUACUACAAUUAUUGAAUUCCAAACUUCAU